AUGUGUGGAAAGAUUUUCACCAGUAAGGCAUACCUUACUGUCCACCAGAGAAGACACACAAAUGAGAAACCUUUUGAAUGUAACAUGUGUGGAAAGUCUUUCACCCAGAAAUCAAAGCUUACUGUCCACCAGAGAACACACACAGAAGAGAAACCUUUUGAAUGUAAUAUUUGUAGAAAGUCUUUCACCUACAAGACAUAUCUUACUGAUCAUCAGAGAACACACACAGGAGAGAAACCUUAUGAAUGUAAUAUGUGUGGAAAGUCUUUCACCAAGAAGUCAACUCUCACUGUCCAUCAGAGAAUACACACAGGAGAGAAACCCUAUGAAUGUAACAUGUGUGGAAAGUCUUUCACCCAGAAUUCACAACUUACUGUCCACCAGAGAACACACACUGGAAAGAAACCUUAUGAAUGUAACAUGUGUGGAAAGUCUUUCACCAAGAAGUCACACCUUACUGACCACCAGAGAACACACACAGGAAAGAAACCUUAUGAAUGUAACGUGUGUGGAAAGUCUUUCACCAAGAAGUCAACCCUUACUGUCCACCAGAGAACACACGCAGAAAAGAAACCUUAUGAAUGUAACGUGUGUGGAAAGUCUUUCACCCAGAAGCUAAACUUUACUGUCCAUGAGAGAACACACACAGGAGAGAAACCUUAUGAAUGUAACGUGUGUGGAAAGUCUUUCACCAAGAAUUCAUACCUUACUGUCCAUCAGAAAACACAUAGGAAAGAAACCUUAUGA